CCCUCAGGACCCAGAAGCCCAGCGCUCACCCCCCAUGGAGCCCUGUCGAUCCCUGGCCCUGCUUGCUGGCUCCCUGGGCCUGACAUCCUCCCUAGUUGCUCUGAGCACCGAUUUCUGGUUCGCGGCCAGAGGGCCCAAAUCCUCAGCUCACUCGGGCCUCUGGCCAACGGGGCAUCAGGACCCAGUAGCAGGCUACAUCCAUGUGACACAGAGCUUCUGCAUUCUGGCAGCCCUGUGGGGCCUGUUGUCUGUGGGCUUCCUUGUCCUGUCCUGCAUCCCCUCACUGUCUGCCCCAGGCCGUGGCCCCCUUGUCUCAACCAUCACAGCCUUUGCUGCAGCCCUCACCAUGAUGGUGGCCAUGGCGGUGUACACUGGCGAGCGUUGGAGCCAGCCUCCACACCCCCAGAUCCAGACCUUCUUCUCCUGGUCCUUCUACCUGGGCUGGGUCUCAGCUAUCCUCUUUUUCAGUGCAGGUGCCCUAAGUCUGAGCGCUCACUGUGGUGCUCAUCAGUCUGGCUACGAAACCUUGUGAGCAGAAGGCAAGAACAGCAGGACAAGUUUUGAGCACGAUUCUCUGAAGGUGGCGUCAUCAGGAGCCCAGGAAUACCUGAUCUUGCCUGUCCCUCACUCACAGCCCUCCCCAGCCCCUUCAGUUGUUUCUUCAUUCAUUCAACAAAAAUUUGCUGGAA